AGCUUAGUUUCAGCAUGGCGACACUGCCAACAGGGCACCUUCGAUCGAUGGGUUGCUGUCAACAAUUUCUUUCUAAAAUAUUUAUGAAAUAAAACCAAUAUCGACCGUGGAUAACUCAGCUAAUAUCAUAAGUGUAACUGGUUUCGUAUCCAAGAAUUAAUCCGGUGGUCAGCUCUGUGCUAAAAUUUUGCAAGCAGUGAGAGUGAAAGUGUUCGAUGUGUCUCUCGAUUCCAUGAUAGUGACGAGGCUAUUCGCAGCAUAUGUGAGCGGUUUCCUCGCGAAUGUUACGUAAGCGGUGGUAGCCGUCAUGUCGUGGAUGAAGCGGCCGCAGGGCGGCGCGGCGCCGCCCGGGCCCGACCCCCAGCCCUUCGCUGCGCCCCAGACAUUCAGUAAUCCGCAAAAUAUGUAUGGGAACUAUCAAGGUGGCACUCCUGGAAAUGCCCAGCCACAGCAGCAAUUCUGGCAGAUGCCAGCUCAACAGCAGCCGGUGUCUCAGCCGCAGCAGUACAACCAGCAGUACGGGCAGGUGUACCAGCAACAGGAGUAUGCCGCCAAUGCCAACCAGUACUACCCACCACCUGGACCGUACCCCCAGGGCUAUAACCAAUCCUAUGCCGGACAACAAGGAUACCAACAAAAUUACUACCAAAAUCAAGGAGUGCAACCGAACUAUCCUCAAAACAAAACAAACACAGAUGGCUGGGAAGACAACUGGGACUGGGGGUGGGAUGACUCGUCAAAGCAAGGCCAGAAAGCUCCAGGACCCAAUGCUGCUCCGUUGACGGCUCCUCCACCGGCACCGCCGCAGACGCAGGUUUUUAAUAAUGCUAAUGUGAUUGAAGAAAGUUUUGCAACCACUGAUAGUUGGAACUGGAACACUGAGGAUAAAAAAGAUUCAAAUGACUCGCAACAUGCUCCUGUCCCUCCGCCUGAGAACAGCCAAAUGGCCACACUACCUGUACAAAAUACUCCCAUUGACAAUAAUACUGAAAAUGAAGCAAAUGUACAUAGUCAAAGAAGUCCUAGUAGUAAUUCAAUACACCAACCUACAGAAGAAAUUAAAACUCUCAAUGACAGAGACAUAGUUAAGGAACGUUUACCUAAUUUGGCUCUAGGUAAGCGAUUCCAUUUAGACAAUUUAACUCCUCAGUGGUCAAUAGAAUCACAAAUGUCACAGGAAUCUAGUGACGGGCCUCACACUCAUUCUGAGGGCACCUACAGAAGUGAAAACCAAUCUAGAAAUUCUAGUAAAAGUAGUCCAGGUCUGAAUACCGAAAGUUCAAACUUUAAUUAUUCUCAAUCUGGUAUUGAGGAAUUGUAUCCGCAAAAUAGUGAGUGGUCAAAACAUUCAACGGAAGAACCCACUUUAGUCGACCAAGCACCAAGCGGCAACAGCAGGCGAGAGAGUCACGACGAACUCUCCAAUUCAUUACAAGAAAUGAGCAUAAGUAAUAGUGAGAAUCCUGCACCUGAUACAUCGUCUACGAACAAGGAGGUGGAGUCAAGGAGCUCACAAGAUAAUGUAGGAGUGACUUUGCCUCCUCCGCCUUCCAUGUCCCCAGCAAAUUUUCCUCCUCCUGCACCAUUAAGCCACCCUCCGCUGGCGGCGUCCUCGGCGCACGCGGUCGGCGCUGCUGCCCCUCCUCCAACUUCAUCCUCCUCAUCAUUGCCUCCACCUUCGAGUUUUCCGCCUGUGUCAUCUCAAAACCCCUAUAAACACGCAGGACCAUUCUCACACAAGAAUUUAUCAAAAGUUCCAUCAGGUACUCCAUCUCCAAUGCAGCCGUUCCCUCCUCAGCCGAAUUUAACAUCCCCGGCGGUAGUUAGUAAAGCCUCCCAGCACAACAGAGUGCCCGUAGGAUAUGGGGCUAAUUUAGAGACUACCCCUGAUAAUUCGGAGAGGCCCGACCAGCCGCAGGUUGCACCCUUUAGACCGAUGCCUGUGGCGCCGCAGGUCCCCGACAACUUGGAAGUGGCACCUCGAAAUGAUAGAAACGAAUAUUUGCAAACUGCACACCUGUCGAGCGGAGACUACGGCGAAAAUACCGACUUCAGUCGCAACGCUCCACCACCAGGCUUAAGAAGAAUGGUAGUCGGCCAGCAGGAAUCCGAAUAUAGCCAAAAUAUAAGCCUAACAUCUGAUGAACCCCCACCGGGUUUCGCGAGGAUGGUUCCCGGACAGCAGACCGAGUCUGAGAGUUCAUACAAUCAACCUAACGAUAAUUAUAUGGAUCGCCAUAUUGACGGCGGACCGAUAGAGGGUCCCGCACGGCCCUACAGGCAGGCCGAGGGUCAGCAAUCAGACGUUUACACUCAACCUCCUUCCAAUAGGAACAACGACAGGAGACCGAUCGGGUUGGACAGAAUGGUGCCCGGGGAGCCCAGCAACGACGACUACUCCCAAUACCAAGGCGCGCCGUACGCGGGAUCCAAUGAGCAGAGGGUCGUGACGGGACUCGACCACGAGUACUCUGUGCCCGCGGAGCCCGGUCCCUCGGACGUCAGGGAGCAGAAUAUGGAUGGGUCGGACUACACAGAGCAAACCGUAAGAAACCCGCCCAGAAGCGUGAUCGGCGCGCGGGAGUCGAGCAACGACGUGUCGCCCGAUUACGGGAGCAGACCGGAAGAACAGCAGAGGGAAGUCGUGAUGGAGGGUGAGAAUUUACAGGACUUGAGCGUCAUAUCGUCCACGGAGCUGUCGUUCUCGCGGGAGCCGACCUUCGACGGCUCGGACGUGCCGGCGCUCGACGCGAGCUCCGACAGGAAGGCCGACGCGCCCGAGAGCUCGGAGCAUUCCAGGAGCGGCUCGAGGCGGCAGUCGCUGAACCACGCGAACACCUCGGGGGACGACUCCGAGAGGGACAGGCUGCUGAAGUCGUCGCCGCGGAGGGACAAGCACAAACCCUCGCGGGACAGGGACAGGGACAAGGAGGGGAGGUACUCCAGAGGGGACAGGAAGUACGACAGGGAGUCCGAGAGAAGGUCGGGGCGAGACGAGCGGAGGUCGGAGCGGCGCGAGCGGGACGAGCGGCGCGCCGCCAGCCCGGACGCGCGCCGCACGCGCCGCAGCACGCGCGAGCGCGACGCCAGCCCCGACGCGCGCCGCGCGCGCCGCAGCACCAGGAGCCACCGGUACGAGACCGACACGGACUACUACAGCGACAGGGAAAGAUACCAAAGACGGCAACGCGAAGGCUCGUACACCUCGAAGCCCCCGCGACACGACGGCGAGCGGCGCUACCGCGACGAGCGCGACCGCGAGCGCCGCUACACGAGCGACCGCCACCGCGACCGCCACGACCGCGACCGCGACCGCUACGAGACGCACUACCGGGACAUCGACCCCUCCAGGAAGUAUGGCAACUUGCGCAAGGAGAGGGAGGACGACAGAAAGAGAGUUGUGACAUUCUCGAGCGAUGCGAAAUCUAGUGAUAGUAGUAGGAAAGAAGGCGAGGCGUACUCCCCGUCGCGCGCCGAGUCGCGCGAGCCCACGGCCACGGACGACGAGCGCGACCCGCGCCGCCGCGACCGCGACCGCGACCGCCGCUCGCGGCACAAGCGCCCCGACCCCUACUACGAUGUGUACGGCAGCGGCGGCGCCGGCGGCUACCCCGGCGACCCGUACCUGCUGCAGCGCCAGCAGUACGAGUACUACGAGCGGCUGCGCGCCACCGACCCCGCCGCCUACAUGCAGCUGUACAAGCUCAUGGCGGGCCAGCAGCCGCCCGACUACAUGCACGCGUACGAAGGCUACGGCGGCGCGGGCUACGACAGCGCGGGCGCGGCGCGCGAGGAGCGGGCCAGCGUGCACUCGGGCCGCUCCAGCACCGCCGGCCUCAAGGGCAACGACACGUACUUCGCGCGCGACGCGCCCGCCUCGCUGCUGGACGCGCCGUCGCUGCGCACCGACGUCUCCGACAGGGACUUGAACACGGACGCGUCGCUGAAUCUGCAACUGGAAGAGUCCACCGUGCGGUCGGAGCGCAUGACGCCAUUCCGCUACUCCACCGCGCACAUCAAGGGCAGCAUCUCGUCGCGGCACCUGGUGGUGGUGUCGGCGGCGUACCCGGUGGACGGACGGCCGGCGCGCGUGACGCUGGCGUCGCUGGCGGCCGCGCUGGCGCACACGCCCUGCGCCGCCGCGCUCGCCGCCUACCCCGGCCCGCUCGUCAAAGGUGUAACGCACAAGAAAAGCGUGAUCGAGUACUGCGAGGCGCGCGUGCGCAGCGCGGCGGGCGCGGGCGGCGGCGACCCCGUGGGCUACGCGCUCGUGUGGGACCUGCUGGCGCUGCUGCUGCGCCAGAACGGGGUGGUCGUGGGCACCGAUAUCGCCGAGCUGCUGAUGAAGAAUACGCGCGAAUAUGAAUACCAAAAGCAGUCCGACAAGUCGGCGAGACUUGACUCGCGGCGGGAGUCUUCGCUGUCGGGCGCGCGCGACGACGAAGGGCCGGAGGCGUCGGACGCGAACGUUCCACUGCAGCUGCUUGAGCAACCUCGUGCCGAAUCGGCGUCACCGCGGGCGGCCACGGAUGAAGUCGCGGCGCUCGACAAGCUUCGGGAGUACCUCACGUACGGAAACAAACAAGAAGCACUAGAGUUCGCGAUGAACAAUCACCUGUGGGGGCACGCGCUGCUGCUGGCGUGGUACGGCGAGCGGCGCACGCGCGCGCACGUGGCACAGCGCUUCGUGGGCGCGCUGCCGCACGCCGACCCGCUGCACACGCUCUACGCCGGCCUGGCCGCGCGUCUGCCGCCCGUCGCCACGUGCGUGUCAGACGAGAACUGGGGCGACUGGCGGCCGCACGCCGCCAUCAUCCUGUCCAACACGUCGGCCAAGCCCGAGCAGGACCGCCGUACACUCAUUCAGCUCGGCGAUACGCUAGCGGCUCGUGGGCUGAUCUACUCGGCGCAGUUCUGCUACAUCUCGGGCGGCGUGCAGUGGGCGCCGCACCCGCUGGCGCCCCUCCCGCCCGCACCCUCCCCCGCUGCCCCCGCCCCGCGCCUCACGCUCCUGCUGGCCGACCCGCGCGCGCAGACGUUCGGCCAGCACGCGACCAACGAGGCCAUCUUUGCGACGGAGAUAUAUGAAUAUGCGCUGUCGCUCAACCAGGACUACGUUAUUAAGGAGUUACAGGUGUACAAACUACUGCUGAGCACGCGUCUAGUGGACGCGGGACUAUACGAGCGCGCGCUAGCGUACACGGAGCAGGCCGCGCGCGCCGUCACGCGCUCGCCGCGGGAUUACUCGCCGGCGCUCUGCCGCAGCCUCGCCUCGCUCGCUGACAGGCUACGGUACCACGACCCGGUGCUGCAGGAAGACCCGCCGCUGGUGGAGGAGGGCGGCGACAGCGAGCCCUCGCCGCGCCACCAGCAGUGGCUGCACGACGUCACCAGCGUCGCCGACGCGCUCACGGCGGAGGCGUCUGCGCACAACACGCCGCAGCACAGCGCGCCGGACGGAUACUAUGCGCAGCAGCAGCCGUACGCGUGGCAGGAACAGGCGCAGCAACAGCAGCAGCCAUUCCAGCAGCCCGCGGCGAGCUUCCCGGAACCAACCGAGGAGACCGCGGACUACCCGAAGUACUACGGCCAGGCGGACUACAGCCAGGCGGACUACAACCAAGCGCCCGCGCCGCCCGAGCCCGCGCCCUACCAGUACGGCUACGAGGACAACGGCUACUGGCAGCCCGAGCCCCAGCCCUAUGCUUACGCAGAGCCGGGCGGCGAGGCGGGCGGGGCGGCGGGGGAGGGCGAGGCGGGCGCGGGGGGCGGGGGCGCGCCGGAGCCGCGGCCCAUGAUCACCAUGCCGGGCGCUGCCGGCGCCGGCCUCUACGCAUACGACGACGACCGCCCGCCCAGCCAGGAGCAGACUGACCGCGAGACGGACACGCCGAAGCCGAGCAAGAGCGCGGACAAGCAGAAGGAGUCCGGCGACAAGCGCUCGGGCUGGCUGGGCGGCAUCCUCACGCGCCUGUCGCUGCGCGCGCCCAACCAGAUGAUCCUGCCCGACGACAAGAACCCCACGAUCGUGUGGGACGCGGAGCACAAGCGCUGGCGCAACCUGGACGCCGACGACGACGCCGCCGCCGCGCCGCCGCCGCCGCCGCCGCGCGCCGCCGACCUCGCGCCCGCGCUGGCCGCGACGCAGCCGGCCGGCGCGCCGCCCGGGGGCCCGCCCGCCGCGCCUACCUCCAACAUCUUCAAGAUGCAGAAGGGCAGGCACAUAAAGAAGUCGUACGUGGACGUGUUUAACCCGUCGGGUGCAGCCACCAGGCCGCUGCCGCCCGCCGCCGCCGUGCUGGGGCCGGCCGCGCCCGCCGCGCCCGCGCCCGCCUCGUACUUCGUGCCGCAGCCCACGCACCAGAGCGGCAUCUACGACCCGAACCAGACGGCGACUGAGGACGACAAAUUCACCUCCGGCAUAUAGCCGGCCCCCCAAACAACAAAAUGACCUCUCCGGCUCUACCCAUCUCGCUCACUCACAGCCACAUCCCCGAGCGAGUGAGGGAGGCGGACAGAGCCGACGCCGACGUCCUUCUGUGGACCGGACCAGUUGAUCUCGCGACACGACUCACGACUCAUUCCGCGAAGACGCUCCACAUUUGUACUUUCAUACACCUCAUCGCAGGUCACAUAGUGACACUUACAAUAUUGUAUUAGUAGUCCACGGGAGCGCCUUAAGGCCACACCGAGCAGCUUAGCAACUAAGUGACGUUAGUUGUGAUGUAGUGACGACCGCGGGGCGCAGGCUGCUGCGCUCUCCCGCCAUUUUAUUCCCGAAUCAGUUUUUUCUUGACUAAAUUAUAAUGAGACGCGUAUUCCCUAUUCUUCACCAAUUUUGCAAUAAUCGGCUGUUUGAUAAUUUAGUGUGAAAUUUUAAUUAUCGGAAUUUUAUUUAUUUUAUUUUAUUCCUGUGGUAAUGGUUUAAUCAUUUGAUGUAUUUUCUGACUUCGUAUUAUGUAUUUUUUAAAUUCUAUUGAUAAUUAUAAUUAUUAUAUUCUUUUAUUGCAAAAUUUAUAUGUAAUCUAGUGUUUAUUCUAUUUUAGCGUAACGUGAUGAGCAUAUUUACACCGUUAUGAUAGAAUCUUUUCAGUUUGUUUCUCUUAGUGUUAUUUGGGUGCAAUUCUUUAUUUUUCUAUACUGUAGACAAUAAUAUCAUCAGAUUUAUCUACUUAUCUCGAAGAGUUUUAUUAUCUUUGCUUUUCAUUUCCAUGUUAUUAGGUAAGGUGUACAGAUAGAUAGAAGUGUAAAGGCGGUAGUGGUGGAUAGUCAGGUUGUAUAAACUAUGCCUUAGAGGGGCGAGCGUGUCUGUAUAUGUUGCCGCGGGGGCUCGCUCGCGAUGUAUUCGAAAUGUAUUAUAUUGAUUCAAACUUACGGAAGAUAUUUAAAUAAACUGUUUACGUUAAUGCUUA